AUGAACCUAUUAAAGCUUAUUGUGGAUUUUAUCAGUUUUAUAUUACUUGCAAAAAUGAAAAAGAUUGCUAAAAUAGUGUCCACCAAAUAAUCACUAAACUAUCAUAUCCUUAUAACAUUGUUUUACCUGUAAGUAAGGUAUCGCUAAUCCAACUUAAGGUUAUGUUUGUUCUCCUAAUUAAUAUUUUGAUAAAAAUCAACAACAAUGCAAGUAAUGCUCUUUAAAUUGUGAGGGAUGUAUUAAUGAUGAACUACUGUGGAGUUGUGAUUAAUUAUAGCAAAUCUCAUAAAAUAUUAAAAGAUAAGAAUAUUUUUUAUAUUAUUCAAUUUUAAAUGAAGUUCUAAAUUCAAAUCCAUUUUAAAUGGAAUGUGUAAAUAUUCUAAUAUUCUAUUGAGGAACAAAAAUGGAUUCCAUGCCAUUUAUGA